AAUUUGUAAUCCUGCCGCCUUGGCAGAAGGACGUUCAGAUAGUUUUCUUUCUCAAACCGUAUUGCAACACCUCUCCCCGUGAUCGUAUAAUUCUGUCUGUGUGGGUGUAUCUUUCUCAAACCGUAUUGCAACACCUCUCCCCGUGAUCGUAUAAUUCUGUCUGUGUGGGUGUAUGUGGGGGGGGGGUGUCGCGUGCCCCUGGUUCAGUGGUACAGGUUUUCUGGUGAAGAAAAAGUGAAAACAAUGACACAAAGGUCAAUCGCUGGCUAUUUCACCGAAAGUGGGCACAGCGUCUUCAAGGAUACGGUCCGGUUAUUGUUAUGCAGGCAACGAAGUCUCCAUACAUGUAUAUUAAGACGCCAGUGUAGGCACUUAUUUUGGUGUGGACUCGUUGCGGCUCUGUGGCCUCUAACCGAUUUCAACAUCAGCAGUACUGAGGCGCGCAUGUCCGUAGUCCGUGUGCAAACCGGGCCGUUGUACGUGUUUUGGGAAAACGUCAUUGUAAUCCCUACGCACCUUGUAACGCAUCAAUUGGGUUCGACAUACUAGUCAAGAUGGGCCAAGGGAACAUGGAACCGUAGGUUCAAAAAUAUCGAUGACUCCAGUAAGCGGAAGUAUGAGUUGAACUGAACUUUAUAGACUCUGGGGAAUCCCACUGACGGAAUGCGCUUCCACAAGGCAACUAAUCUUAUAUAUCCAAAAUUAGAACACUCAGCAAGAACCCUCACAACAGACUAAAUCAAACGGCUUAAAAUUAAUGCCAGCAAACUUUGACCAGCAAACUGUUGCUACUGUAUUAUGAAGCGAGACCUCUCCAACUACUGACUUAAAAAGAUUUCUCUUCACAAUGACGAGUUUGAUGUGCAGAAUAUGCCUGCUUCUCAUUGCUGUUAACUCCGUGCAUUACUCGUCAGCUGUUGAUUCGAGGUGGCAGUCCUGCAUUUACAAUGGCCGGGAGUCGUUCUACGACAAAUACAAAGAGGCAUGCUGUCAAGGACGCAUCUUGCGACGUGCUUCAAAUUUGGAGGAAUGGUGCUGUGGUGGACAGCUGUUUGACUCCACCACGGGUGAAUGCUGUGGAGACCAUACUUGGAUUGACACCAGCACCCACAGUUGCUGCGGCGGUAGAGUCAAUGAGAGUAGUGACCACUUUGAAUGCUGCAACAAUCAGUGGAUAGACACGACCACACACACUUGUUGCAAGGGAAACAUUAUUGAGGGCGCCGGGAAGUGUUGUGGGAGUAAUUCUGUCUUCAAUCCUGAGACAGAGCACUGCUGCCUGGGGCCGGGUGAUACCGGCCAUGUGGCCACCGUUGGCAGGGCAGCGGUUGUCCAUGGUUUCCUGGAGUGCUGCAACACCAAGGUCAUUGACACCAGAAGCACUCUGUGUUGCCAGGAUAAUGCAAUUGACCAAAGGACUCCCUCCACUGAGUGUUGCGGAACAGAAGCCUUUGACACUUCGACGGAGGUCUGCUGCCAGCAACCGAAUGACUACAGGAUCAGCCCGCUGGUAGAUGGCAAGAUGGAGUGCUGUGGACUGACGCCUUACAACAAGGACACGGACCAGUGUUGUAACUCAGUGAUCACUCCAAAUAUCGGAAAUGGCAGGUGCUGUUUCGGCAAUGCGUAUAACCCACAGCAGGCAUCCUGUUGCCGCUCAGGUGCCCUGUCGCUCUCCAUUCCUGAGAUACCGGGCGUUCAAGGUUGCUGCAGUGGCGUGUCCUACCUAAAGACUCAGCAGGUGUGCUGCGACAACACUCUCCGUGACUUGGAGGCAGGCAAAGAAUGCUGCGGCAGUGAUCUGUAUGAUCCAACGGUUCAGCUGUGUUGUAGGGGCAACAUCGUGGAUAAAUUGUCCCCUACCUCCCAGUGCUGUGGGGACAGCAACACAUUUGAACCUGAAGAGCAAACGUGCUGCUGUGGACACGUAACCAACAUUGUGAAUGGAUCGUGCUGUGGCACCCGAGCAUACCGACCAGAGGAAAACAAGUGUUGCGGAAAAAAAAAGGGGGAUAAGUGCGGAAACCAGCUUGGUAGACUGUAUGGCAAAGACGCCGUGUGCUGCGGUGUCAAAGAACUUGGCCACAACCAGUUGUGUAGUCCUUGCUCACGAACUCCCGUGACCAAACUCAAUUCCAACCACAACUCAGUCUGUUGUGUGAACAAGAAUCCUCGUAACGGAUGGCGUCGCAGUAGAAAUGGCCCGACCUACGACGACACAACAGAGAUCUGCAGAAAUCUAAAGAUUAUCACAAAGACAGUCUCUGGGGACCAGAUGCACUGUGGGACAGAAGCCUACAGCCCAGACACACAACAGUGUUGCCACCUCACCGUCCAGCCCAAAUUCUAUCUGGCUGAGAAGCCCUAUCGGCAGAAAUGUUGCGGUAGCGAAACCUACGUCCCGCAGUGGCACACCUGCUACGGGGAACGAAAAUAUCCAUUCCCGGAGGAAUUUGCUGGAUAUUGCCGAGGCAACGUGUAUAAUGAACGGACUCAUGGGUGUGAUGGUGACAGCUUCAUCAGGCCCCUGGAGGAAUUGGAGCACGGCUUGGAGGUCUGCAUAAACACAGAGGCUGAAAACGGUUACUACCCCUAUGAUCCUGCAGAGAAGGAGUGCUGUGGGGGCGUCCUGAUUGGGCCGGGGGAGACGUGCUGUGAUGACAGGCAAUACUCGACCCCCGGGACUGGUGUUGGAGAAGGCAACUGCUGUGGCUCUGAAGGCUUUAACCCAGACACCCACAAGUGCUGUGAUAGGGUACUGCAUGAGGUGACAGCCCAAGGCCGAGUGUGCUGCGGACGCGAGCUCUUUGACCCAUCCAACCCAGCACUGAUGUGCUGCAACAGCACUCUGCAGUCCACCGUAGGCGACAAGACGGCUUGCACAGAUGGGGUGGCUCAUCGGCCCUAUGACACGGUGUGUGAAGGCACGGUCUACCCAGUGGAGAAUGGGGAAUGUUGCGGCGGGCUCCUGAUGAGCAGCACGAAGAUUUGUUGCCAAGGGAAAUUUCUGUACGAUAAGACAAUGCAUGGCGAUACCUGUUGUGGACGGGUUGCCUACGACACCCUGGAUGAAACCAAGAAGUGUUGCAUGGACUCGCUCUUCCAUGAUGCUCAGGAUGCUGUCUGCUGUCAUAGCGACCUCAUGGACCCAAGCAGACAAGUCUGCAGAGCCGUCGGUGAUGUCCAUUAUAUCUUCCCCAAGGACGCGAGGUUCUUCAGUGCGGAGGGGGAGAGCAUCCCAGCAGGACAUACCGUCUGCCAGGGCUUGCUGUAUCCAUUCCCUGGGGAGUGCUGCGGGAAUGAGGUCAUUAGAAGCAGCGAGGAUGCCAUUUGCUGCGAUGGGGUCAAGAAGACCCACGCAUAUGGGGACAAGGCCAUGUGCUGCAGUAGGGAUGUGAUGGACUCAGAGCUCUACACCUGUUGUGGGGGUAAAUCCCUGCGUAGGAACCACGGCUGGCUGACUUGCUGCAAUGGGGAACCGAUGGGUCGGGAGAAAUGCAAGACCUCCCAGCAAAGGCUCCCUCCGUCUAACCUGGAAGAGACAAGAUGCGGUGGCCAAGUGUACAAUGCUUCUAGUCAGGGCUGCUGUAACGGUCAGAUCUACGACCCAGAGCUGCAUGGAUGCCUGGACAACCUGCUGCGGCCCUUGUGCGGCGGAGUGCAGCACAACAAUGACACCCACCUCUGCUGUUCAGGUGCAGCUUAUGACGUGGCGACGAUGGGCUGCUGUAACGGGGAGCCGUACGAACUUGGCAAACGCACCUGCUGUGCCGAGAGGCUGUAUCGCAUGAGAAAUGGUUCCUGCUGUGGCGACAGACCGUACAAGCCCAGCAGGCACCUCUGCUGCGGGAAUACCCCCAGGAGGAAAAAGAAGGGGCGGAGCCAGUGCUGCGGAGGGAAUGCCUACGACCCCGAGAUGGACACCUGCUGCGAGGGUAACGUGACCCGAGGCACCCGGCGUGGGAGCUGCUGUGGCCACCGGGCGUUUGACCCUGCCCAGAAAGUCUGCUGCCCCAAGACGGGGAUGUUGUCCAGACGCCGGGAGAAGAUGGGGGACACGUCAGAGUCCUGCUGUGAGCUGGGUAUGGAAUAUGACAAAGACGCAGGCACCUGCCUACCACAAGAGUGUAUGAUGUGCCUAGAUGCGAAAUCCCCCGACGGCUGGAAAAACCACACUCGCAAGCUGACCCUCAUCCGAGGCACAGUCUCCAACAUCACCAUCGUCCCCUUCCGCCACAUCCUCCAGCUGACCCGGGUCACCCACCUCAACCACAACAAGCGGCAAUCCCGACAGGACAGCAGGGAGCUGGCCGUGACCCUGCCAGCACACUGCAACUGCCUGCAGCGACUCCAGCUGGGCAGAGCUUACAUCUUCAUGAGCGACGCAGACGUUACAGGAGACUUGGUCUCAGGAAGUCUGGUGCUCCAGCCCUCGGAUUACCUUACCAAGGCAAGCGACAGUCUGGGACUGAAAAUCAAGCUUCACCUCUGUAGAAACAGUUAAAUUGAAGCCCUCCCCAACAUGUACAUGCAUUUGUAAAUAAAGUGCUCGUAAGUUAUUCAUUUAUUUAUUUAAUUUAUUUUGAUAGUUCUAACCAUUUAAAGUUUAUUACAACCGGGUUUGACCAGUACUUAAAUUUCAGGUGUGUUGGUUGUUGCAAUUUAUUUAUUCAGAAGUGAAGUAGAUGUAUUCUUAAUUUUAGGAGUGGUACCAUUGUUUCUGGCUUUCAUUUUGUUCCAUCAUCAGCAUGAUUUAAGGGAUUUGGGGCAUUCUAUAUAUUAGGGGUCCAAGUUUUGUCCUUUAUCCCUGUCACAUCUUACUUUUGAUUUUGAAAAUUCAGAACAAUUCUCUAAUUUCUAUGAGUGAUGAAUUAAUGCAAAUUACCUGUCGAACAAAUAGAAAUACAUGUAGUUUGAAAUCAAUUUCAAUGAAAUUUC